UAUAAGGUGUGGCGGGGAGUGAUGGCGGACAUUGUCAACUGUGACUCUCUGCAAGACGCCAACAUGAUCUCCAGAACUGUGACGAUGGCGGUGGCGGCUGGCCUCCUGGUAGUCGUCCUAGCCGCCCCUGAAGCCUCACCCUCAAGUCAAAGCUAUGGCGGCUAUGGCGGUGGACAUGGUGGCGGUUAUGGUGGAUACGGCGGUGGUUAUAGUGGAGGCUAUGGUGGAUAUGGGAGAGGCGGCUACGGUGGUGGAUAUGGAAGAGGCGGCUACGGUGGUGGAUAUGGAAGAGGCGGCUACGGUGGUGGAUAUGGCGGCUACGGUAGUGGAUAUGGCGGCUACGGUAGUGGAUAUGGCGGCUAUGGUGGUGGAUAUGGUGGCUACGGCGGUGGAAAUGGCGGAUAUGGUGGUUAUGGAGGUGGAUAUGAUGGCUACGGUGGUGGUUAUGGACGCGGCUAUGGUGGUGGAUAUGGUUACGGUCGCUAAGCUCCCUUGAUGGUGAGGUGCAGAAAGAACACUCGGGAUAAUAAGUGCGCUGUUCCUCUACACUUAUGUAUUUCGAAUAAAUAUUUAAUAAAGA